AUGACUGACAAAGAGUGGAUGGGGUCAAGCACUGCCAACAACACGCUCGGACACGUUGACUGCCCACAUCCCCCACACCAGCCAUGCAUGGGUCAACGCCAACUAGCUGCGACAUCAACACCACCCGACCAACUCCGGCAUCAUGUACGAUGUUCCCUCGCCUGCCACGUGGAGCUCUCUUGCUUGGUAAGUUAUCACCACUAUGGGGGUUGCUGCCCUCGCCAUUUGUUUGUCCAAACCCUGCCAAACUGGAAAUUGGCUGGACCUGACAGGUUUGUGCCAGCUAGGCUGGCGGCAGAACCCUAUUAG